AGUGAGGUUGAAAAUACAAAAUACAAUUUUCUGUCCAGUCAGGGUAAAGUUUCAUGUUCAACAAUAUGAACAUCACUUUCAAAAAAAAAAAGAAACGAAUCCAGUUCCUACUCAAAUUGUCAUCCCCCUCUCGAAUCCGCCCCCGCUUUCUGUCCCGACUGGUUGUCAUGACCACUGUUACCUCGGUGAGCUACAGAAGAAAGGAAACCCGAAACACAGAUCUUGAUGAUAUAUUUAAUUCAUUAGCACAUUGAGGUUGAAUGUACCUUAUGCAGGAGAAGAACAGCAUUUCUAUAUAUUUAACAAAAAAACAGAAUAUUUUACCAUUUCAACAAUUCCACUGCAAUUAAUUUAAGGAAAUGCAUGAACCAACUGGCAGCGUUGGUGUUUUUUCAUGCGGCCAAUUAAUCUUCUGGCUUUUAUCAAUUUCAAAAUUCUUGUUAAUCCUGAAAGCGGGAUGUUUUACAAAUGCUCCUUUAAAUGGAACGUGGCAUGAGGUGAAACUGCGUAAUCUCCUUUUGUAAAGGACCCCAUGUUUUUGUGUCAACUGAUCCACUGAACAUCCAUCUCCCUCCCUUUGUUGACUCCCCCCACCUACCGAAUGGGGCCACGCUCAGUAUUGCUCCCCCAGAUUUGAAGAACAUUCUCUACGGUGUUCAAUCCGACUUGAUAUUUCCACACCGAUUUGGACCUUGUUAGCUUUCGAGGAGGUUGGUAGGAAGGGGGAAGGGUAAAAGCGUGCAGCCGCUGAAGUGGCUUCAUCAAGGCUUGGAAAACCUGAGUGCUUGUUAUCUACGCAGAGACAACACUGGAUGAAGGUUUUUGUUUUUCUAAGCAAAUCUGAUUUCUUUUUGAAGACAUUUUUUUUAGGGGAAUUAUUUAUGUGGAUAUUUUUUUCCAAUUAAGGGCCUGGCUGCAGAUUUCUAUGAUUAUCAAGGUAAAGCUACAAAUUAUCAUUGUUAAACCUGAAAGAUAAAUCAGCUGUAGUAAAGUCUGGACCUGCUGAACUUCAAUUGUGCAUCAAAAGACUGCCACAGGUGGCUGCACAGCUAUUGCCUACUCAAUAAUGCAUUGAGUCAAGCGAAGGAAUGAGAAGGAGGAGAAAGUGUGUGGCACUGUGAUCCUUUUCAACGGAUGGAUGUCAAUUACCAGGAGAAAGUGGGAACCAUUUCCCUUGGAUGCUUGGGGUAGCAAAAAAAGUACACUUUGGAAGAUUUGAAUUCUGAUCAAGAGAAAGACUUCAAUCAUGGUUAACACCGGCAUGCAACUCAUCAGCUUCACUUGCGCCGUCACCGGCUGGAUCAUGGCGAUAGCGGUCACGGCCCUGCCUCAAUGGAAAGUGUCGGCCUUUAUCGGCAGCAACAUCCUGACGUCAGAAAUCAAGUGGGAGGGCAUCUGGAUGAGCUGCGUUUACCAGACCACCGGUCACAUGCAAUGCAAGACCUACGACUCCCUGCUGGCCUUGCCUCCUGACAUCCAAGCUGCUCGUGCCCUUAUGUGUUUGGCCAUCUUCAUGGGCUGGCUCUCCUGUACCGUAUCCUGCUGCGGAAUGAAGUGCACCACCUGCGCUGGAGAUGAUCGCCAAGCAAAAGCGGGCAUCGCGCUUUCCGGGGGGAUUCUUUUCAUCCUGACCGGCUUGUGCGUUCUCGUUCCCGUUUCCUGGACGGCCAACACGGUCAUUCAGGAUUUCUACAACCCCAACGUGCCCGUGAUGCAUAAACGAGAGCUCGGCCAGGCUAUUUACCUGGGUUGGGCCGCUGCGGUUAUUUUGAUGAUUAGCGGAGCUGUGCUGAGUAGCACGUGCCCCCUGGCGGAGAGGGGAGGCAGGUACCGGAGGGGGUACGUGGGUCGCAGCUUUGCUAAUUCACCUGUUUCUGCACCCAAUUUGCCCAAAACCAUCACAUCUACAAGUCUCCCACUUAAGGAGUAUGUGUAAUGAGAUAAUGACAAAAGAAGCUAUUCAAUUAUUUAUGUCAAC